AAUUCACCAUAUAUGUCCAUUCUCUCCGGAUGCAGCUAGCACAAAGGGUGCUUUGGUAAAUUCAUACCUCGUGACCAUCCUGCAUACAACUUUUGGUUUUGCUUUAUUAAUGAAAUUCACGAGUAUGAAAGUUUGAGAACCUCUUUUCUUCUGUUCUUUUUUCAUUUUAUCUCAAGCUUAUUCUUCUUCUUCUUAAUUACUAGAUCUCUCUUUUGUUUCAUCUUUCUUUGCUUUCUGUUAUCUGGCGGCUCUGACCAGCUCUCGAGUUGUUUCGUUUCUGGUUAAUGGAUACUGAACCCUCUUGGGAUCUUGGGGGGGUGGUAAAUUUUUUUUCUAAAUUGCAUGGCAACAUCAAAUGACCAAACCAAUACCAAAUCAUAUUCUCAUACUCUUCUUCUUUUCCUCAUAUUCUUAUCUUUCAUUCUCUUCAUUGGCCUUACAAUCCCAAUGAAUCAUCAUCAAUCCACAUCUACGGUUGUUCUCUUCAAGAGGGUUCUUCUUAAAUCUUCGGCUCCAGCUUCAUCCACGAUGGAUCUGCGUCCGAAGGAUCGCCCACGACCCAGCCGCACUUCUAGAAAGAGAAAGUUUGGAAAUGAUGCUCAUGAAGUUCCUAGUGGUCCAAACCCUAUUUCCAACUAGGUGAGUUGGCAUAUCUGGUUUUACCCCGGAGUUUAAAAGAUAAGUUAUUAUAGAUCAAUAUUAUGUUAUUAUAUAUGGGAGAAGCCUCUGAUCGAUGGAGAUUAGAGAAGAACUUAAUUGUUAUGGAUUUAGUAUAUAUUUUUGAAUGGAUCAGUUUGGUACCGUUCAUUUCCUUCCUAAUAUUUGUUCGCUUUGAAAUUGCUUCCUCCAGCUUUUAAGUUUUGAAGUUAGAGUUGUAAAGAAGAUGCUAUUAUUCGUUAAUCAUUCACAUGUGUAUGUAGCCACCGUUAUACACUACUGCUAUGUUUUUCCUUCACAAAUUUAUUGGGGCAUAUAGAAGCCUUUAUCAUUAGAUUUUUCUAAUCAUAGUUUAAUUAUGAUAAAGGUUAGAUCAUGAACAGAAAGACUCUAUUUGUAACAAUAGUCCAUGACAAUGAAGAUCUCGAGGCAUGAUCCCAAACAAUUGUUAGAUCUCUUUACUCCUGACAAAACUGUCUCCUUUUCUGAAUAUAGUUUUGAAAAGAAAAUGUAAAACAGCUAUAUCCGAUAUCAAUUAUCUAAAGCAAUUUCUUCACUAACAGUGAAUGUGUAAUAAGUCAUUAACGAAAAA